CUGUCCCAAAACUCUUAAUAAGAUAAGGAGAUUACACCUAGUCUCGAUCAACACUGGUACUCCGUUACAGUUCAGAUGUUUGCUCAAGUGUAGAACUAUUGUAUUCGGUCUAGUCUGCUAGAGCUUCCACCAAUGAAGAGAGCAAGACUGUGAACCAUAGCAAACGUCAUCCUGAGAUGAGUCCAACCUAAAGAUUUUCAUUGAAGAUGGACAUCUACAAUGUUCUUCCCUCAAAUGUCACAGUCUACCGAGUGUCAAAUGGAGGAGAAACAGCUAUUGGUGUCUAUUUGGUGAUACUAGGAUGGCUUUCUUGGAUUGGAAAUGGGGUUGUAAUACUACUUUUAACCAAGCAAAGAAAGUCUCUGGAACCACAGGAUUUCUUGACUCUCAACCUUGCCGUUUCUGACGCCAGCAUUGCUAUUUUUGGGUAUUCUCGAGGAAUCCUUGAAGUUUUUGAUGUUCUCAGGGAUCAAAGCUAUCUUAUAAAGACAUUUUGGACUUGCAAGGUGGAUGGAUUCCUAAUCCUUCUCUUCGGACUCAUCAGCAUCAACACACUGACAGCCAUCAGUGUCAUCCGCUACAUCAAAGGUUGCCAGCCUCAGCAUGCUCAUCACGUCAACAAGCGUAAUAUCUGCUUGGUCAUUACUGCAGUCUGGCUGUGCUCUCUGUUCUGGGCUGGAGCUCCGCUGCUGGGCUGGGGCAGUUACAGAGCUCGUGGGUAUGGGACGUGUGAAAUCGACUGGAAGCAAGCGCUGUACUCUGUUCCGGUCAAGCUCUACGUCAUGAGCAUUUUCUUCUUUAACUUCUUUGUGCCGCUAUUUGUUAUAGUUUUUACAUAUGUGUCCAUCAUCCGAACUGUCAACUCUGCGAGGCAGAGAAAGAUUGAACGCAGCAUCACACGGGUCUCCCUCAUUCUGUGUGCAGCCUUCCUGUUGGCCUGGUCCCCGUAUGCAGUCAUUUCCAUGUGGUCCGCCUGGGGUUACCAAAUACCCCAACUCAACAGCAUCCUGGCCAGCCUCUUUGCCAAGUCAGCGAGUUUCUACAAUCCGUUUAUCUACAUUGGCAUGAGCUCUAAGUUCCGAAAGGACCUGCAGGCUCUGUUCUACUGCCUCAGACCCACAUCAGCGCACAGGCACACCCCUCCUGUGCCAUUGGCCCGGCCUGGUGAUGUGCAGCUCGACGUCGAUGGCUUUGAGGAUGAACCGGUGGACCCUAAUGCAAGCGAAAACAUACAGGAGGGAAAGGCAGAGAGCCCUACUGAAUCAGAGCGCCAGGACAGGCCCUUACCAGAGUCAGGCAAGUGUGUCAGUCCUCAUGGAUUAAUGAGGAAACCCAGCGACUCUGGAAGACUUUAGCUGUCUUUUAUGUUUGUUUAUGUCCUCUGAAUGUUUAUAUAAGAUGAUGAGAAUAAUAUUAGAAUAAUACAGUACAUUCACUGUCUCUAUUAUUUUAAUUUCGACACUCCAGGCUACUAGUGAGUCACGUCAUCUACAGAUGCUUCAUGUUGAACAUGAGGUCAUUGUGUGAAUCCAAUAAAGUCGAGGUUAAAGGUUUUAUGUCGCUUCAUCUC